UUGGUCGUCCUUGGCGGGCUAGGCAUGCCGGACGAAAAGUUCGGUUCGCUGAAGCAGGUUCUCUCGUUCAAUCCCGAGUCGAAGAAAUGGACAACUGCCAAGUCGACGCUGCCGAAAGCUCGCGGCAUGUUCCAUGCGGUGACGCACGACGACGCCAUCUGGUGUUUCGGCGGUAGUGCUGCCGGGCACGGGGGAGGACUCAAUGCCAACGUCCUGCAUUGGUGGGGCGACGAAACGGCGAUUGCUGCGUUGCCUGAGGUUUCGCUGCCUCAUCCACGCCGAUCGUUCGGCGGUGCCGAGCUUGAAGGAGAAUACUUCCUCGUCGGCGGCUUAGGCGAAGGAAACAAGAUUGCGGAUACCGUUGAUGUCUUCCACUUCGAGGACCGUACCUGGCGAACGAUUGCUUCGCCGAAUAAGCAUCGUGUCUUCCCAAGCCUCAUCAGCACCGGCGGCAAGCUUUACUUGUAUGGUGGGUUCUCGAACGCGGAUGGGCAUUUCCAGCCAGAAACGACGCUGGAAGUGUACGAUCCGCAGGCAGAUCGCUGGACCGUGUUGUCAUCGAAGCUGGAUGGGGUGGAUGCCUCAAUGAGCCUGUUCGGCUUCGGGG